AUGUUGCUCAGGCAGAGCCUAGAAAAGAGCAGAAAGCCUUGCGGACCACCACCGAGACCCGGCGUCCGCCCGGCCACCCCAGAGCUGGAGAGCCUGCCCCCGCCGGGCCAGUCGCCCCCGCCUCGUGCCCCCAUCAACGGCAUGUACCCCGAAGAAAGCCGGGGGUCCGGCGAGGUCGUCACGGUGGACUUCCUCGAGGGGACAUACGACUAUGCCUCCCCGACUCCGGCCCAGACGCCGCUUUAUGGCCACCCCACACCAAGCUAUUAUUCGGCACCCCUGGACACCCACGGAUCGCCCUCGGAUGGCAGUCUCCAGUCACUGGGCAGCGGGCCCACCAGCCCACUUGUGUUUGUGCCCACCAGCCCCCGACUCAGUCCUUUCAUGCACCCCCCUGGUCAUCACUAUCUGGAGACCACUUCAACUCCCAUCUACAGGUCCAGUGAGACGAUAGGUCAACAGCAGGUGUCCAGGGACGACCAUUGCGGCACUAGUGACGAGGCUUACAUCAUGGGGGGCUCGGAGGCCGCCGCCAUCGGGGUGAUUGAGAUGGCUAAGGAGACACGCUUCUGUGCCGUGUGCAGCGACUACGCUUCCGGCUACCACUACGGGGUGUGGUCCUGCGAAGGAUGCAAGGCGUUCUUUAAGAGGAGCAUCCAAGGUCACAAUGACUACGUGUGCCCGGCAACCAAUCAGUGCACUAUUGACAGGAAUCGCAGGAAGAGCUGCCAAGCGUGCCGACUAAGGAAGUGUUAUGAAGUGGGCAUGAUGAAAGGAGGUGUGCGCAAAGACCGCGGUCGCGUUACACGCCGUGACAAGCGGCGGACCGGCGCCAUGGAGAAGUCCAACAAGGAGACAGAACAUAGAAAAGGCCACCCACAGGACGUAAGGAGGCAAAGCGGCUACAGAAGUACUAGUGGGGGGAGAUCGUCAGUAACGGAUAUCCCGCCUGACCAGGUGCUUCUCCUGCUGCAGGGGGCUGAACCCCCGAUACUAUGUUCCCGACAAAAACUGAGCCGACCAUAUACAGAGGUCACCAUGAUGGCCAUGCUUACCAGCAUGGCAGACAAGGAGCUGGUUCACAUGAUCGCCUGGGCAAAGAAACUGCCAGGCUUCCUCCAGCUGUCCCUGCACGUCCAGGUGCAGCUGCUGGAGAGCUCGUGGCUGGAGGUGCUGAUGAUCGGCCUCGUCUGGAGGUCUGUCCACUGUCCAGGCAAGCUCAUCUUCGCUCAGGACCUCAUUCUGGACAGGAAUGAAGGCGAUUGUGUGGAAGGCAUGGCGGAGAUCUUUGACAUGCUGCUGGCCACAGCCUCUCGUUUCCGUAUGCUCAGAAUCAAGCCCGAGGAGUUUGUCUGCCUCAAAGCAAUCAUCUUGCUCAACUCCGGUGCUUUUGCUUUCUGCACCGGCACCAUGGAGCCUCUCCACGACAGCGUGGCGGUACAGGGCAUGCUGGACACCAUCACAGACGCACUCAUACAUCACAUCAGCCAAUCAGGAUGCUCGGUGCAGCAGCAGGCCAGGCGGCAGGCCCAGCUGCUCUUUCUUCUCUCUCAUAUCAGACACAUGAGUAACAAAGGCAUGGAGCACCUGUACAGCAUGAAGUGCAAGAACAAAGUGCCACUCUAUGACCUGCUGCUGGAGAUGCUGGACGCCCACCGCCUCCACCGUCCCGUUAGACCCACACAGAUCUGGUCGCCAAACACAGGCGGCGGCAACGGCGCUACCUCCAGUUCAGGAGGCCACGGCAACCACGACAGCCUGAGCAGAGGCCCACAGUUUCCGGGCGUACUGCAGUUCGGUGGCUCCCACCCAGACUGCACAGAAAUCCUGUGA